CAGUGUCCUCCAGUUCCACUCGCUCCGUCUUGGCUCGGGAGAGGAUGGGGGGUUUUGCCGGCUCCACUGCUGCCUUUCUGAGGUUGUCCCUGGUCUUGACCUGCGGGGCACUGCUGGCGGAGGUCUGCUCAGCACAAGCUGACACUCCACGGGGUGUUGCCGUGCCCUUCAUUUUUGACCAUAAAGCUACCUGUGACCCACCAUGCAGGCAUGCAGGCAUCUGCAUUCGGAACAACACCUGCUUCUGCUCCAAAGGAUAUGAAGGAGCGCUCUGCCAAUAUGCAAGUUGUCAUCCAAAGUGUAAAAAUGGGGGAGAAUGUCUUCGUCCAGGGAAAUGCCGAUGUCCUCAAGGCUUUGGAGGGAAAUACUGUCACAAGGUGUUGUGUGAGGGAGGCUGCUGGAACGGUGGCGAGUGCAUUGCAGUGAACGGCGUUACAAAAUGCCUGUGUCCCUCAAGCUGGACUGGUGUCAGAUGCCAUGAAGCAAUCUGUCCGCAGGGCUGUAGAAACGGGGGCAACUGUGUAGCUCCAGGAAUCUGCAGCUGCCCAGAUGGCUGGGUGGGAGGGGCCUGCCACAUGGCUGUAUGCAGAGAGCCAUGCCUCAAUGGAGGGAAGUGUGUUUCUCCAGAAGCGUGCCGCUGCCGUGCUCCGUAUUCUGGGCCACAGUGUACAGAGAAGAAGAAGGUGUUUUAAUGUCUGCCUUUGUGUACAGUGUACAAUGCCUCUCCUUCAGAAAAUAAAGACUCAUUUUGUUAAACCAA